CAGUUUGCUCAGGCCAUGCUUUUUGCCAUUGAGGAGAUAAACAACAGCACAGACCUGCUGCCUGGCGUCUCUCUCGGAUACAAAAUCUAUGAUACUUGUGGCUCCAUUGCCAGAAGUGUACGAGUCACUCUGGCUUUGGCUAAUGGGAAUGAAGUUGUGUUUGCACCCUCUGAGGAACCUUGUAUCAAACCUGCACAAGUGCAGGCCAUAAUAGGAGAAACGUCUUCCUCUCCCUGUGCAGCAAUAGCUACUGUCAUUGGACCCUUUCACAUACCAGUGAUCAGCCACUUUGCCACAUGUGCUUGUCUCAGUGACAAAACCAAGUACCCAUCCUUCCUCAGAACCAUACCCAGCGACUACUACCAGAGCAGAGCUCUGGCCCAGUUGGUCAAGCACUUUGGUUGGACUUGGGUUGGAGCUAUUAGAACAAAUGAUGAUUAUGGCAAUAAUGGCAUGGCUACAUUCAUAGAGACUGCACAGCAGCUGGGCAUCUGUCUGGAGUACUCUGUGUCAUUUUUUAGAACAGAUCCAUCUGAUAAGAUACAGAAGAUAAUUGAAAUUAUCAAGGCUUCAACCUCUAGAGUGAUUGUUGCGUUCCUGUCCCACAUGGACAUGGAUGUGUUAAUACAUGAGCUGUCUCACCACAACCUGACAGGAUACCAGUGGGUUGGCAGCGAGGGUUGGAUCUUUGAUUCCCAAACAGCAGCAACAGAUAAAUAUCAUAUCCUAGAUGGAGCCAUCGGCCUUUCCAUCCCCAAGGCACACGUCAGUGGCCUGAAGGCGUUCAUGAUGAAUGUGAAGCCGUUGAAUUCGUCAAAUAAUAAAAUGUUCACAGAGUUCUGGGAAACAUUAUUUAGCUGUAAAUUCAAUCAGUCAAAGUCCUCAGCAGAGAUUCAGAGAGACUGUACUGGACAGGAAGACCUGACAGGAGUUCAGAACAGCUUCACUGACAUGUCACUCAUGCCGAUCUUUAACAACGUCUAUAAGGGAGUGUAUGCCGUGGCUCAUGCACUUCACAGCACGCUCAGCUGUAACAAAACAUGCAACAAGGACUUACAGCUAGAUCCAAUCACGAUUUUGCAGCACAUACAAACGAUUCACUUCAAAACAAAAGACGGAGAUGAGGUCUACUUUAAUGAGAAUGGAGAUCCUGCAGCAAAGUAUGAAAUCAUAAACUGGCAGCCCAGAGAAAAAGGAAUUGUGGACUUUGUCAGCGUUGGUCUUUAUGAUGCAUCAUUACCUGCAGACAAACAGCUCAAUCUGCAGAAUACAUCUUUAAUUUGGGCGCAGAACUCACAGCAGGUGCCUGAGUCAGUUUGCAGUGAGAAAUGUCCCCCAGGAACUCGAAAGGUUCUCCAGAAAGGAAAACCAGUCUGCUGUUAUGACUGCGCAAGAUGUGCAGCAGAUUCUGUCACCUGUACCAGAUGUCCUCCUGAAUUCUGGUCAAAUAACAGAAGAGAUGCCUGUAUAAAGAAGGAGGCGGUGUUUCUGUCAUUUGAAGAAAUUAUGGGAGCUCUGCUCACUACAGCGUCUUUAUUUGGAACAUGCAUGACUGCACUUGUGGCUUAUAUUUUCUUCAAAAACAGAAAAACUCCAAUCGUCAGGGCCAACAACUCAGAGAUGAGCUUCCUGCUGCUCUUCUCUUUAACUCUGUGCUUCCUGUGCUCUCUGACCUUCAUCGGUCGGCCCUCUGAGUGGUCCUGCAUGCUGAGACACACAGCGUUCGGCAUCACCUUCGUCCUCUGCAUCUCUUGUGUUCUGGGGAAAACCAUGGUGGUUUUGAUGGCCUUCAGGGCGACUCUUCCAGGCAGCAAUGUGAUGAAAUGGUUCGGGCCUGCACAGCAGAGACUCAGUGUUCUGGGACUCACUCUUAUACAGAUGAUCAUUUGUAUCCUCUGGUUAAUCAUUUCUCCUCCUUUUCCAUCAGUGAACUUUCAGGAAUUUAAGGACAAAAUCAUCUUGGAGUGUGCUCUGGGCUCAGCUGUUGGCUUCUGGGCCGUGCUUGGGUACAUCGGACUUCUGGCCAUGUUAUGUUUCAUUUGUGCUUUUCUGGCUCGAAAGCUGCCUGAUAAUUUUAAUGAGGCCAAAUUCAUCACCUUCAGCAUGUUGAUAUUCUGUGCAGUGUGGAUCACUUUUAUCCCAGCGUAUGUCAGCUCUCCUGGGAAGUUCAGUGUUGCUGUAGAGAUAUUUGCUAUUCUGGCCUCCAGUUUUGGACUUUUAAUUUGCAUCUUUAUCCCCAAAUGUUACAUCAUCUUACUGAGACCAGAGAAGAAUACGAAAAAGAAUAUGAUGGGGAAUGGGCCAAGAAAAUCUUUCUGAAAAACAAUGUAGUGAUAAAGGAAUUUUAGUGCCAUGGACACUUUUUCAUAAUAGUUUGCUAACCCUCUGAGCCCCACAACUCCCAGGCAUGUAAAAUAAACCAUGUGCACAAGAUCAUAUGAAAAAAAAAUCUGACAUCCCUGUUGCAAAUGGGAAGCCAACUGUCCUCAAAAAUUAGGGACUCUUCAUUUGAACUGCAGGCUGUGUUAUCAGAGCAGAAGCAACGCAUAUCGAAACAAAUUACAAAUAUAAACAGUGAAACAUGUAUAGUAUGUCGAGCUUCCAUUUUUUCCUUUAUAGUAGCACAUGUGGGCACUUAAUUUUCUUUUCCUGCAAGCAAGACAUUUUUGAGUUUGCUCUACUUCUAGCCAAGUUUGUGUUGAUUCCAUAGAGGUGCACAAUUUGAGGUUGCAGUGAAAAAUAAGCCCACAGUGAGUUAAAAUGCGACAGAAAGUGGACUGAGCUUGCGUUUCAGAAAGUUAACCAGACUGUCAAGUACAGACUUAUCCUCAGUUACUUAAAGAUAUGUCUUUUACUACUAGAAUGGAUUUUGUAAUCUGAUAUCGAAAAAGCAGCAUCUAGUACUAUAUUAAAGACAACUUUAACUGAUA